AUGAAGUUUAUUCUCGUCGUUUUGAUUAUUGCUCAACUACAUGGUGCUUUUAGCGCUAGCGGUUCUCUUCAAGAGCAACGUGGAUUCUUGGAAUUUUGGGAUCUCAUUAGUCCGGUAGCCAUUCCAAUUGCUCAUGGCAUCGAUACGGCUAUUGGUACAAUUUCAAAUAUUCAUUCUUCUAUUUCAAAUGCAGUAUCAGAUGCUAUUUAUGGUGUAACAUCGUGGAUUGGCGAUAAAAUUCCAGCACUUGGCAAACGUGAUUUAGAAAAUGAUGCUCGAUUCAAUCUUUUGAAUGAACUUACAACGUUUAAAGCUUCGUUUCAACAAUCAAUUGUUGAAAUAUUUCAAAGUUUUCUUAGUGGUAAUUUCGCAACUAAACUUCAACAAGCUAUUUCGAAAUUGGUUACUUUCCUCAACACACAUUUACAAAAAAUUAGUACUAUCAUCACUAAUUUGAUUCCUACAAUGGAUGGUACACUGGCAACUCAAGCUAUGACAAGUAGUUUACAUGUUAUAGAAGUUAUUCAAGAGGUCAUUCGAAAAAUUCAUGCCUUUUUUUCUUCGUAA